UACACAAAACAAACUCCAGGAAAUUUAAGCAAAUAAGGUAUCCGCAGCUAGCUAGCUGUAAUAAUGGGUCACCAUUCUUGCUGUAACCAACAGAAGGUUAAGAGAGGACUUUGGUCUCCAGAGGAAGACGAAAAGCUCAUCAGAUACAUCACCACCCAUGGCUAUGGCUGCUGGAGUGAAGUUCCCGAGAAAGCUGGGCUGCAAAGGUGUGGUAAGAGCUGCAGAUUGAGAUGGAUUAAUUAUUUGAGGCCUGAUAUCAGAAGAGGGAGGUUUACUCCUGAGGAGGAGAAGUUAAUCAUCAGCCUUCAUGGAGUUGUAGGAAACAGGUGGGCUCAUAUAGCAAGUCACUUGCCCGGAAGAACAGAUAAUGAGAUAAAGAACUACUGGAAUUCAUGGAUAAAGAAAAAGAUACGAAAACCUUCUGCCUCUCCCACCACCACCACCAGUACUACUAAUACCAUCGAGCACUCUCAAAUGGGUUACAAUUCGAGCCACCUAGAUUUGGUGAAUCAAGACUUGCCGCCAAGGCCGCCGGUUCAUGAAACCCUUUUUUCUUCUUCAUGUCCCUUAUUCAUGUUCGACACUAGUUCACUUGAUGGAACUCCAGAAAAUAGCGUACGAUCGGAGUAUUUUCAAGAUGCGGUGGGUUUCAACCCUGAAACAUGGAAUCAUGCGAACCAACAUCAAGUUCAAGUUCAAGUUCAAGCUCAAGCUCUCCAGGCUCCGGCGACUUUUACGACCGGCAUGGAUACAAAUUACUUGCCACCUUUGAUAGAGGCCAUGGAAAACAUUGUGCCCAGCCUUGAAGUACAAUCCUGUAGCAUGGAUGAUCAGGAUCAAGGAGAGUUAGGGUUGGAAUGCUUGCAGAGGCAAGAGUUGAACGAAUGGGUUGAAUCCCAGCAACAAUGUUCGAACUUUCUUUUCUGGGAUUCUUGUGAAGGACCACUCGGUGGGGAAGGAAUCGCACCAGCUUCCUCAAAUGUGGGAACAGCUAAUACGAUGCCUGCUUUUCCUUCGUCUCUAAUCAUUCCAGAGAAGAACCGACGUGAGAUCUCCAAGUACCUCUUCCAAGAGGGAGUUUGCUUUGCAAAGAAGGACUACAAUCUUGCGAAGCACCCGGAGAUCGAUGUGCCAAACCUGCAAGUUAUAAAGCUAAUGCAAAGCUUCAAGUCCAAGGAGUACGUGCGCGAGACCUUUGCUUGGAUGCACUACUACUGGUACCUCACCAACGACGGUAUUGAGUUCCUCAGGACUUAUCUCAACCUUCCUUCGGAAAUUGUCCCUGCCACUUUGAAGAAACAGGCCAGGCCCGCUGGUAGACCCUUUGGUGGCCCACCUGGUGAUCGUCCCCGUGGUCCUCCUCGUUUCGAGGGAGAACGGAGAUUUGGUGGUGACCGAGAUGGGUACCGUGGUGGUCCCCGCGGACAAGGUGGUGACUUUGGUGACAAGGGUGGAGCACCAGCUGACUACAGACCUAGUUUUGGGGGUCCUGGGGAAAGGCCUGGCUUUGGUCGUGGAGCUGGUGGUUUUGGUGGGGGCGCAGCUAGCUCAAAUCUUGCUUGAAGAGUAAUCAUUCGUUCCUUGCAAGGUUUUUGAAAUUUCGGAUUUUAAGCAGAAUGGAUAAAAAUUGCAGCUUAUGGGAGUUCUGUUUUUGUUUCUCUAGCGUUAAAGAAUAUUUAAUUGUUGGAUUAGAUAUAGCUAUUAUUUGAUCUUGCAAUUUUACGAAUUGUGUUUGAACAAACUGUUCUUUCUCGAGCAUUAUCUAUAUUAUCAAAUGAUUUUUGUGCAA